AAGCUGAAAGAAGAAGAAGAAGAAGACGCUACUUUGUUUAUGACAUAAUUUCAUACGUGUUUUUUCAUAGUUUGCAUUGAAAAUAUUAAAAAAUAAAGAAAAAACACGGAAACAUUCUCCACACGGUGUAAUAAAGAGCGCUGACAGGAGCCUGACUCCAUUUCCCGUCAUGCCCUGCAAUAUUAUUAUCGUUGUGGCAGUAAAAUGGCUGCUGAACCAGGCAGCUGUGCGCUUCAGAGUAGCCUAAACAAGCUCCUGAGCGCUCCUUCUGGCUCUCUCAGAGUGAGAUCUCAAGCCGAGCCGCUGUAUUUUAUUUCUCUGGAGCGUUACGGAAGAGACCCGAAUUUCGCUGUGCAUUUCCCGGACAGUGUUUGUGCCUCGGACAGUCUUUAUGAUGCUACAGUUAGUGAUGGACACUGCAGGAUCCGAGUUUCUCUGGAGCCCCGUGUGAACGGGCUGAUCGACAGAAAUAAGCUCCGCUGCGGCAGUGUGGUGAGAAACGUUGUCUUCUCGGCUUGUGAUGAAGGCGAUGGGGACACGAGGACAUUUCACAUCUGCAGUCUGGAUGUGGACAGUGCAUGUCGGAGCGACGCAGCUCUUUUCUCCUUGUCUUCUGUUGAUGUGGACACAUUGCCGUGGGUGAUGUCCCAGGAGCCGAGGCUCAACCCACUCAGAGCCCACAGGAGCACUUACCUGCCCCUGUGGAAUAAUCAGGAUUACAGUGGGGAAGCCUGGAGGCCCACUCCUCCCUGUGAGCCUGGAGGGGAGGACACUGAUGAAGAUGAUGUGGUAGAAGAUAUACGGCCUGUAGUUUCUCUAGCAGAGCUCCAGCGGCGCUUCCUGAGUGGUUCACCGCGUCGCCGAGGAGCUCUGUGUGUGCGGAUUCUGCACAAAUCCAGACUUAUGUAUUAUGGGAAAUCGGAGCAGAACUGCGAAUGCCCAUACAAGGCCGAGCUACAGGUUGCUGAUGGCUCCAUGAGUGUGUGUGUGGUGCUGUGGAACAGUGUGUGCUUGGACUGGUACCGUCGCCUGCAGCCUGGCCAGGUUUUAAGGGUGAGUCGGUACAGAGUGAAGGACAGCUACAGCAGCCACGGCGGACAAGAUGCAGAUCCAAAUAUAGAGAUCAGUCUCAACUCCAGAAAUCCUGCUGCUAAAGUUGCCAUCAUUCCGAAGCAGCAGAUUUCACCUGAGUGGGGUUUACCUGACCUGCCACAUAACUUCCUCAGCAGCUGUGAUCUACAAAGUUCUCCUCAUAGCACCGUCUGUGAUGUUAUCGGUGUGGUUGUUUUCGUGGGGCGAAAAGAGCGAAUCAGGAGUAAAGACGGACGGAGGUCAGAAUUUGAAGAGUACCGAUGGCUGCAGUUGGAAGAUGGGACCACAGAUCAACAGAUCACCAUCAAGCUUUUUUCAACAUCACAGCCAGACAUCCAAAGCCGAAUUCACCCAAUGGCACUGGUUGUCUGUACGAGGCUCAAGCUACUAAGGAAUGCAGUUGGCAGUGCCACAACCUUUGUUUAUCUGACCAACACGCCGUUUACUCAAGUGUACUGCACAGGCACUGGCUCUCAUGCCGUCAUGCCAUACAGAGGGAUCCGUCCAGUACGGCACUUCCUGCAGUGGUUGAAACAAGUGGAUGAGGCCAACAUGCUGGACAGGGCUGUGAUUGGAGGAUUUUUCAGCUAUCCCCCACUUCCUGUUUCUUUACAAAGAUUUAUGGAAAGGAUGCAAGGUGAAGUUGGUUUGAUUAGUGGGGUAGAAUUGAAGCUCCAGUAUGAAAGGCUGCUUUACAGAGAGAGACAACGCUUUAUUGUUCAGUGCACUGUCACUGCAGCCAGCUACCACAGCAGACAGGACAUGAGGAGGAUGCAGAAUUCAGACCCAUUAACAGCUCAACUUAGUCCUCGAGUACCAAGACAACGAGAAGGUUCUGACACUUUUAAAACUCCAACAAAGAGGAAAUUGGUUUUUACCCCUGGAACUUCCCACAGCAGCUCCAGGAAAAGGUUGGCGCCACCUUUUCAACAGACAUCAGCAGAGGAGGAUGCAGAGAAUGAUUUCUCCCUGUUUGAUGGAGCUAUGGAAUUUCUGGUUGGAGACCAUGAUGACGAUGACGAAGAUGAUGAUGACGGCGAUGAAGAAUUUUCCACGCCACCCAGUAGCCCUAUGCGGUCCCACCUUGGAAUGCCUCACGUUGCCCUUGAGACAUUACCAUGGAGCUUCUGUUAUGAACGACGGCACGUCCAGGCAGCAGCUGUGGGAAUGCAGACCAACAGUUUCCAAAAACUCCUCCCACUCAGGGAGCUGGAAUCCUUUAGCCCCGCCCAGUGUUACACUGGUUACUUCACUUUAACAAUGAGAGUUCUAUCUGAUGGAGUGAUGCUGGAUGUCAUCUUCUUCCCUGCCACUCCUGGAAACUUGCAUUGGAAGCCCCUCCCCCUGACACAUGACAACACAUGGGAGUCUGUCCUUUCACAUGGUGGCUUCUCUUCACAUGCUCCACCACCAAGCCCAGCUGAUUUGAUUGGCAAUGCAGCCCAGCUGGCGAAUCGGAGGUUGGUGUGUGUGCUGGAGGCAUGUGCGCUAGGUGGAGACAAAGUAGAACUCAUCCUAAACCGAGCUUUUCCUCUAAGGGGCUGACUGUACACGCCGACAAUACAAGAUCGCGUCUCCAAACAAGCCGAAGAAUCACCUGAAGAAUUUUGUAAAUUGCGAAUUAGAGAAGCGCACACUAUUUUUUUGUAUUGGACAUUCUGGGUUUUGUAACUGAUUCUAAACAGUUUCAAGUUUAUUAGAACAGGGAUAUAUGCUUUUAUAAUAUUCUCAAAUGAUCCAUAUUUUAUAUAGUGUGUGUAUUAUUAUUUCAUUGUAUUAAAAUAUUUAUUAAUAUCAAUGUAGAUACAAUAAUUGUGAUUCGUUGAUUUAUUUUUUUUUAUUCUAUAAGUAUUAAUACUAUUUUCUGUUUACGGAUAAGUAUUGAAAAGUCUGUAACAAAUUUGGUCUGUUUCCAAGAUUUUAUGAAGCGAUGUCUUUGUAUUGAUUUUUUUUUUUUACAAACUGAAAUGCCUUUAAACACUAUAGAUAUUGUAAAUAUGUUAUGUAAUGUUAAUACCAGGCCAGUCAGGGUGUUCUAUGGUUCCAUGGGAGUAGAUGGUGGUGUUUUUUUUGUUUUGUUUUUUUGCUUGGACAUAAAGCACAAAAGGCAUCCUCAGAGUCUGGUCAAAAAUGGUGUUACCUUGUAGUAUUUUUUAGUGUAAGUUGCUAAAAUUGGUGUAUGUGACCUUGUUUUGUUGUUCAGAACGUAAAUAUUGUAUUGUUUAACCAGAAGGAUAUGUUUAAAUGCACACUUUAUUAUCAGCAGUACCUUGAAAUAAAUGACUGUUAGUACA